UCCUCGAGCCCCUACUAUUUUGGCUUUGACACCCCACUCCCCCCUACUCUCCUCUGUCUCUCUCUACACUAGUAUCUAUCACUGUGUAUGUGUCAGCUUAUUUCACUAGCUAUAUUUCAUUCAUUAUGCACAUUUCUCAUAAUCUCUCUCUCUCUAGAUAAUCUAUUCCUUCUUGAUUGCAGAUUUUUAACAUGAACAAGAUUAAUUACUCCUAAAAAACAAUAAAAUAAUUCUCUCUCUCUCGUUCUCUCUCUCUCACCCCAGACCCAGGUUCACUCUCUCUAGUUUUGGAUGAAACGGGUUGUGGUUGUGGAGUUUCUGUGUUAGGGCUUUAGCAAAACCCCAGUUGAGUUUACCCUAAAACAAGAAAAGGGUUGAAAAAGCAGACACAAACAGGCACCAUUUUGUUGUGUGAGAUGGGGUGUGUAGCCUCAAAGCUAGAGGAAGAAGAAGAACAAGUGGUUUCAAUAUGCAGAGAAAGAAAGAGACAGCUAAAGCUAGCUGUGGACACAAGAUAUGGUCUUGCAGAUGCACAUUUUAGGUACUGUCAAGCUCUGUUUGGAGUUUCAGCUGCAAUAAAUCUGUUUGUUGCUACACAUUCCUCACCCUCUUCAUCAUUUCUCAUCACUUUUCCCCCACCAUCUCAACAAGAUGAAGAUGAAAGUGAAAAUGUGGUGGUUUCAAACCCUUUGUUCAUUCAACACUCAGAACCAUCUCCACAGCCUGCUCAAACACCUCUACAUUGUGAGUCCUCUGCAACUUCAUCUUCAGAGGAGAGAGUGGAGCAAGCCCAACAACAAGCUUGUAUGUACCAGAAAGUUGAGAGGGAAGAGCAGCCUUUUGUGUACCAAAAGCAACAAGACACUUCUUCUUCUUGUGGGUAUUUUUAUAUGGACAUGCCUGAUUUUGGGUGGGAUUAUUUUGACCCUUUUGCAGGGAUGAGACCAGGGGUUAUUAGUGGUUAUGGUAGGAACUCUGAGGAUGAUUUGAGGGUGGUUAGGGAAGAGGAAGGAAUUCCAGACCUAGAAGAAGAAGAAGAAGAAGAAGUAGAACAAGAGACUGUUAGAAUGGAGGGAAAAAGCAAUGUGGUGGUGACUGAUAAUGAAAAGAAAGUUCAAGUUGAGGAGACUGUAGAACCAGUGGAUCUUGAUUCUAACAUCACCCACCCAGGAAAUGAGCAAAAGGAUUUAACAGUGGUUCAUUCACCUGUAAGGGGAAGGGAGUUGUUGGAAGCUUUGAAGGAUAUCGAAGAUCAUUUCCUUAGGGCAUAUGAAUCUGGCAAGGAGGUUUCGAAGAUGCUUGAGGCAAAUAGAGUCCACUUGCAAUCUAAUUUCGAGGAAAUUAAAGAGAAGUCAGCUAAACUCAUCCAAGAUAUCACGUUGCGUUCCAGUUCAUCUCGCUCAUCAUCCUGCAAGAGUCUUGCAGUAUCAAAUUCUAAAAACUCUUCACCAUGGACUGAAUUUAAGAAUGAUCUAUUUGAUGACUAUGGCGGAAUGGACUCUGGAAGUCAUUCAUUGACCCUGGGUAGGCUAUAUGCUUGGGAGAAAAAGCUCUAUGAAGAGGUUAAGGAUGGAGAUAGCAUACGGAAAAUAUAUGAGAAGAAAUGUAACCAACUAAGAGAUCAAGAUGCAAGAGGAGAGGAAGGACAAACAGUGGACAAGACUAGGGCUGCAGUCAAGGAUUUAUAUAGCAGAAUACUGGUUGCAAUUCGAAGUGCUGAAUCAAUCUCCUCAAGAAUUGAAAAACUAAGAGAUGAAGAACUGCAACCUCAGAUCAUUGAAUUGCUACAAGGUAUGAUGAAUACAUGGAAGACUAUGAUGGAAUGCCACGAAAUCCAGACUAAAAUUAUGUUUGAAGUUAAGACAUUUACCUGCCCUUCUUACGGAAAAUUUAGCAACAACAGUCAUCUACUUGCUACUCUUCAGCUCAGGGCAGAGCUUCAGAACUGGCAUACAUGCUUUAAAGAGUACAUGUUGGCACAGAAGGCAUACAUCGAAGCUCUUCAUGGCUGGCUGUCUAAGUUUGUGGUUCCUGAAGUUGAAUUUUACUCAAAGAGAAGAGGUUCUGCCCCGCCAAAUGGAUCUAAUGGGCCCCAGUUGCUUCUAAUUUGCCAAGAUUGGUUAAAUCUUUUACAGAAAUUACCUGAUAAAAUGGUGGGUUAUGCCAUUAAAAGCUUUGCAAAGGAUGUCAAGGCAUUGUUGAAUCAGCAAGAAGAGGAGCAGCAGCAGAAGAGGAAAGUUGACAGUUUAUCAAAGGUGCUUGACAAAAAGAUUAUAACACUUCAGAAAACAGAGAACAAGAUUUAUAGACCCAACCAUUUUGAGCACAAUUCAGAGUUAGACACUGAUUCUCAGUUCGAGUAUUUGAGAGAUAGGAAGGAUUUGUUAGAUGAUUUUAGAGCCAAGGUUGAGAUAGAGAAGGAAAAGCACCAGAACAGCAUGCAAGAAACACAAAGGACCACGUUAAAUGGUUUUCAGACAGGAUUCUGUAGAGUCUUUGAGUCCUUGACAGAUUUUUCCAGGGCCUCUUUGAAGAUGUAUCAGGACCUUAUCAGUUACAAAGAAGGAGCUCAUAAAGUUGAAAACCCUACAUGUAUAGAAACGUCGCACGUUGGAGAUGGCAUUAGAUGACAUAGAACUAGUACAAAUGUUUCUUGAUUUCCGGCUUUGCACGUUGGAGAAGGUAUUAGAUGACAUAGAGCUAGUACAAAUGUUUCUUGAUUUCCGGCUUUAAACGAAUCGGGAGUAGUUGUAUAUUUGAUUGUGCUGAAGCAGCUCGCUGAGGCAUUUUCAUAUUUAUUUGUAGUUUGUGUUUUAGUAGUCACUAUCACAUUUUAGUCAGAGCAGAAAUGACCAAGUUGCCUAAAUUUUGUUAAGAAUAUUUCCAAGCUUACCUCAUAUCCCAUGCAUCUUUGUAGGCGAAAUCUCAUUCAGUUGUAUAAAGAUGGAGUUGAGGGGUGGGCAUAGGGCAACUGUGUGUAAUUUAGUUAUUGCAGAAAAUGAUAUAUUUGUUUAUCCUAUAA